UUGGCAUCACAUUUUUACCCCUGCAGUUAUUUAUUCUUCUCUCUCACUUUCUCUCCCCACAAAUGGAUCACACUUCUCUAGGCUCAAAAACCGCACUCAUCUUCACCGAUCUACUCUGCAAAUCGUCUUCUCCCUUCCAGACCCGUGAUUUCGCUGCAGGCCAUCGCACGCCACCUCCGCUGCCUCCACUGCACACCACCUCCGCUGCCUCCACCUUCACCACCUCUGCAAAUCAUCUUCUCCCUUCCAAGUUCCAAAUCGUCUUCUUCCAUAUUUCAGGUUUUUAUCUUCUUCUUCUCUUCUUCUUCUUCAUCUUCCUCCUCCUCUUCACCUUCUUCGUUUUUUUCUUGGUAUUUCUAUGAUUUUUAGGGUAAUUUACAUUCCUCUGAUUUUUUGGAUAAUUUUUACAUUGAUUUUGUCAAUUUUCAAAUUUAAAUUUUCGUAUUUUGAUUUCUGAGUAUUUAAACAUUUUUUAUUUUCCAGAUUUUUGGAUGAUGGCAUAGAAUUUUGCCAAGUUUGUGGCAGAAAUAAUGUAUAAUGACAAUCGGAUUAUGGCAGAAAUAGUUUUUGAGUAAAUCGGCUUUUCUAAUUUUUUUCCUUUUACUUCGUGUUUCUGAUUCUAUUAGAGUUUUUAUUCCAUUAAUUUUUUUCGAACAUUUGCUAAUUCCUUUCAUGUUUUUGCCAAAUUUAUGGCAGUUUUCAAUUAUUAUUCCAAGAUAAAUCUGCCAAAUAUGUGGCAAAUUCAAAAUCCAUGUUCAUGGCAGAUUUGAAAUUAAUUUAGACUAAAUAUGCCAAACAUUUGGAAGUUGCUGGCAUUGGAGUUGUGACGGUGGCGGUCGUGCCCGGAGGUGAUGUGGCGGCCCUGGAGUUCACAAUGGUGGUGCUCGGAGGAUGGUGGUGGUGGUGGUGGUGGCAGGUGGGCGGCAAAGAAUGGUCACACUAGUUUGGAUGCGGCGGUGAGGCUGGAGGAAGACAGUACUAGCGAGGGUGGCACCGGAGAGACGGCGGCAGGCGGCGCCGGCGAGACGGCGGCAGAAGGCACCGGUGAGAUGGUGGCAGGCGGCGUCAAGGAGGCGGUGGCAGGCUGUAGCAGCACCGAAGGUGAUUAUAUGUCCUAUGAAACAUACUUUUGUUUUUUGGUCCUAUAUGUGAACAUCGGUCCUCUUUUAGUCCUAAACAGAUAAUUAACCCUAGGGGAUUCUAUCUGGUCAUCAUCAAAUCAGACAAAUCUGGGAAAUUCUGGGAACAACACACCUGUGGCUCAGCUUCUAAAUUCUGGGAACUUUGUUCUUCGCCAAGUAAAUGAUGAAAAAACAGAGGAUUAUCUCUGGCAAAGCUUUGAUCACCCUACAGACACACUCUUACCUGGAAUGAAGCUGGGCUGGGAUUCAAAAACCGGGCUCAAUCGAUAUAUAACAUCCUGGAGAAGCCCAACCGAUCCAUCUGAAGGGGAUAUAAACUUCAAGCUGGACAUCAAUGGCUACCCAGAAGCAUUCUUGACGAAUAAAGGCUCAAUCUUUCACAGAAGUGGAGGCUGGAAUGGGAAGCGAUUCAGCGGAGUCCCAGAAAUGGAAGCAGAAGGAGUCAUCAGUUUCUCCUUUAAAUGGACAAAAGACGAAGUCUACUAUUCAUACGAGAUCCAAAAUAAAACGUUGUAUUCAAGAUUGGUAGUGAACCAAACAGGGCUUCUGGAGAGAUACACUUGGGUACCGGAGAGUGGCACUUGGAACAGAUUUUGGUACGCGCCAAAAGACCG